AAGAUGAAGAUAAUAGUUUUGAUUUAGAUAAUGAUGAAAGUAAAACCAAUUUUAAUGAUCUGCUUAUAGCAGAAUUUAUUAAUUUAAAUUUUUAUAAUAAUAAUGAAAUUGAAAAUAACUUACCUUUAAAUAAUCAACAACAAUUAGAAACUGAAGAAUAUUUGGAUUAUAAUUUAGAUUUAGAAGUGCUUUUUAAUAAAGAAUUUCAAAAUUAA